UUCAUUCAUCAAGUCCAUGGGAGGAGCAAAAAGUUUGACAUGUUGUAGAAGAGCAUGAACCCAAUGUGGCUGUCCUGGCAUUGCCUCUUGUUGUGUAACCUCAAAUGAUCAACACCAUCAGAUGUCAAGUCAUGCAGCCAGACACACCGUAUAGGAGGACCAGACUGCUGCAUUAACAAUGAAUGGAUAUUCAAUCAAAGCCAGCUCAUUCCUGAAGUUGAGAACUGAGAAGGCAGAGAGAAUACACCUGACCCUGAAAAGUCUAACAAGAGGUCUUCACAGACCAUAUCAACCAGAGGUGGUCAUCUUACCAAGUGACAUGUUUUACCCCAUCCAAUACCAUUAAACACAGUCUUUCAUCUACUGCCACCUGUAACAAGGUAGAAUGUCCCAGCCGUCCCGACACUGGCAGUCUGAACGUGGGGACAGAUCUGAUGACUUCUGGAGGCACCUCAAAGAGGGGGAGGAGGAGAGAGGAGCAGAUGUAAUGCUCCAGAGGAUGGGUGAAGAGAUGAGACCCUCUAUCACCCUCCGCCCCCCACCUUUGUUCCGGAGCAUCGGACCAUCGGGGCUGUCGGCCAGCCUACCACCCCACCGACGUCUCCGCUCCAUAUUCCGCAGAUCCAGAGUGGUGCUGCCUGCGAAUACACACGCCGGCAAGGUUUCAGGAACACACACCCUCCAAGAUUUACUGUCAGGCACCCACAUCAACACACUCCCACAUCAACUGACUCCCAAUGACGUAGUGUCAGAGAAGGACGUUCACAUAAACACAGACUCAGAGACACAAACACAGCCCAAGAGACUCAUGAGUGCACAUGGGCUCACUGUAUUAGAACCACCAACAGGACCUCUCACAGAUACACUCUCAUUCAUAGUCAGUGCUGAAAGCAGACAGCAGGGCGGACAGCCUUUUUCUCAGCUUUCCCCACCCCUAAGGACCCAUAUCAAAGGCAGAGCAAGAUGGGGCAGAGCAGUGUCUCCUCUUAAAAUGAGAGAUGAUCUUGGGACUGGAGAGGGAGGAGUGAAAGAGAAGCAGAAGGUGAAGAGGAGGAGGCUGGACUGGAAAGGAGAGGACCAAGCCAAUGACAGAUAUGUCCCGUCCUUCACCCCAGAGACAGAGGGAGAUGGUGGACUGUGCCAGUGGUUACAAAGUCUGGGGAUUAGAGAUAGAGAGGAGGAGGCCAUUUCCCCCAACAGAAGUAAACAGCAGCCAAGUGGGUUCAGAGAGAGGAUGGCUGGACACAGAGAGGGGUAUUCACAUCCAGCAGCCAACCACAGGAGAGACAGACGCCCCCACUUCCUCCCGCCUAUCUGUCAGUCUGGCUCCCUACUCCAUGUACCCCUGCUGCUUCCCAAAAACUCCCCACCACCCUCGCCAUGCACCUCCCCACACGCCCCCUUCCACCCCUUGCCUGUACCCCUCCUCCACCCUUUGCCCUUCAGGAGGAAGUGAUAUUGUCCAGAAAAGGAAAGGGGUCUCAACUCAAGAGGCCCAUUUGUGUUUAUGCGGUUUUCUGUCUUGUAACUUCGGCAUAUUCUGACUGACACUUAGCUUAUGUAAGCUUAUAUAAUGUAUUUGCAUAUAGCGCAUUACGCCUACACAUCAUUAACAAGUCUUAUCCAGGUAUAAUGUAUGUUGCUCUUGCCAUUUAUACUGUACAUCCUUUACAAAUAAUCACAUAGUAGUUUCUCUACGUGUAAAUAGUCUCUAAGGAUAUGCUGCCCUGUCACAUUUCAAUUGCAUUAAAUUUAGCAUGUAUAGUUUGAAAGAUACAGGGCAUUGUUGUUUCUCAGGAUUAACAUCAACAAGUGAACCAACCUCAGCGUUUCAGUAAUGGUGUGCUCUGCCUUGUCCGUCUAUAGACCGUGUCCAGAUAUCCCCCGCAGAGAGCCCCCUCCUCUGAUCAGAGAGGAGGCCCAUGUUGUUUUUGAGGUGUCGGUUAGGGCCUGAACAGUGCUGUGCUCUGUGUGCAGCCUGUGGUGGGAGCUGCAUGUCAGGGCCAGAACACCGGCGUCUCAGUCCUCCUCACUGCCCGCCUCGCACAGCCUGCCGUUUAUGUGUUUAUCCUCAAACGCAGCCCAAAAUGUUUGCGAGUCAGGCUCUUUUUUUCCACCCGCGCCCCUCCCAUUAGGUGCCAAACAAACAUUGCACCGGAAAUUGCAGGGAUAUCUGGGAUUUUUAAGGGGUCCCAGCAGACAGGGGGCGAGGUCGAGAACAAGGAUGCUUUCUGUGACAUCUUAGAGGUGAGGUGGGGGGGGGUAGUUGGCCAAAAGAGAGGGUGUGACCAAGGCUGGGUGGCAGGGGGGUGGGCAGAGUCAGUAAGCUUCACUACGACUGAUCAACAGGCACAGGUGACUCAGUUUCUGAUGCCCUUUGACCUUAUUACAUUCCUUGAGCCCACAGUGCGUGCCACUCCUGACCUCGUUUGUCACCAAGCUGACCCGAGCGCUAGGCUAAUGGUAACCAUUGAUGUAGAUGUUAUAAGGCCCUGUAUCACAUGUAGCAGCAACCUCUUUUUUGGACUGCUAACUGGUCGAGCUUGUUUCCUCUCAUUCCUUCUCCUCCUUGCCCAUUCACUCCACAGGACAGACAGGACAGUGGGCCCAGAACAACCAUUGAUGAGGCUGAGAUUUUAUGUCAACCCUAAACAAAGGAAUAAUGAAUGAGAAAGUGUAUGCUCUUUGUUCACAGGGUGCUAUCUGGGUUUUGUCCAAGCCUCGUCCUCGCAAAACCCCAAUGUCCUUUACUCAUAAUGGCCUGGUGACACAUAUAGUACAUGGCACAGUAAAAUGGCUGUUGUUAGCUUAAAUUGUUCCCAACAGGGAAAGUACAGUAAAUGGCCUUGUACUUAUUUAAAUUAAAGUGAAACAGAAACCAAACUCCAAGUCCACUUGUUCUCAGUCUCUUAAUUUUCACUGUUUCUGCUCUGUCAUCUGUGCUGCAUACAGACUCAGAGCCUUUCUCUCUCUGUCCAGACGCAAGCUCUCUAAUUUAGACCUCUGUCUGCUCUUUAUUUCCCCUCUAUACAUCUUAAAUUAGCAUCAAUUAGGAGAUUGUUUGACUUCAAAUGCAUAGCUAUUUGAAAA